AUGAUUUGCGGAAAACUUGAAGUUAUAGUUGCUAGCGCCAAGAACUUGAGAGCUUCUGAUUAUGUUGACGAUGAACAUAAACAAAAGACAAAGGUUAUUGAUGGAGGUGGAGCCAAUCCGACUUGGGAUCAUUCGUUCAAUUUCAAUCUCAACGAAGGACAUAAUAAUCUUUACUUGCAAGUGUUUGAUAGUGAUGCUGGAGCAGCAUCUGGUGACGAUUUUAUAGGUGGAACCACAAUACCAUUAGAACACUUGUUUAAAUCUGGAAUUGUUGAUGAAUGGUAUCCUCUCUUUGGAGAUAAUUCUAGUGAAACUGGAUCUAUUCAUUUGAAAAUGAAAUUCAGAGUUUCAGAAUUUAGCAAUCUCGGACCAGAAGCAGGUCCUAUGCCAACAGGAUAUGGUUUAGGUGCACCACCUCCAAUGCCUCCUCCAACCGAUAGUCAUCAUCAACCACCACCAUCACAGCAACACUCAGGUACUACUCCAUUUCCUAGUAUUCAUAAAGAACAUAAAGAAAGUAGAGAUACUAAAGAACAUAAAGAUUCUAAAGAACAUGAAAAACAUGAUAAUGAUUGGAUGAAACAUGAAAAAGACGACCACGAAAAGCGUGAUAAACAUGAAAAAGGUGAAAAGAAGGAUAAAGAUCAUAAGGACAAGGAUAAAGAUCAUAAGGACAAGGAGAAAAAAGAUAAAGAUCAUAAAAAAGAUAAAGAUCAUAAGGAUAAAGAUCAUAAGGAUAAAGAUCAUAAGGACAAGGAUAAAAAGGAUAAAGAUAAAAAGGAUAAAGAUAAAAAGGAUAAGAAGGAUAAACAUUAA